AUGUUCUUUACAAAACCAUCAGUUAUUCUCCCACUCUUUUUGGGUGCAUCUCUGACUUCAGCGAUCCCAACACCUGAAUUAGUAACCAGAACUCUUGGAGAAGUUCUUAACGAUUAUGAAAGCAUUCCUCUCGGCGGUAUCCCAGGCGUCAUGAGUGCUGCGCCUAUCACCGCUCUCUACAACCAACUUUCCUAUUCUAAUUUCUAUGCGGUGCGACAGACCGGUCUAUUGACUUUCCUUAUUAAACCUAAUGGCAAUCAAGCUGCCGUUGGAAACAACAUUUCCACUCUGACAUCGGUUUAUGCUGGUUCUCCAGUCGCUUCUUUCAAGCCUAAUUCCGCAUACUUCGGAUCCUAUAGACCAGAUGGUACACCAUAUACUGAUAAAGCAGGAUGUUCUUUUGAUGGCGGGAAUACUCUUGAUCAAUGCACGUUCCCCGCUACCUGGACCACAGUUGGAAAACUUUCAUACCAAGUCGUCGCAUCUCAGAUUUUGACAUCCGUGGGCCCCACCCUUGGUAGUUUGCUUGGAAGCUUAUCCGCCGCGCUUGGCACCGUUCUUUUCUAUUUCGACGACCUUGAUGCAAUCUAUACAUGUAUUCCUGGAAAGACCAAUGCUGUGGUUGGUGGUCUUUGUGGCUGA